AGGAGACUCACAUUUCUACUUCUAAGAUUCAGAAAAGGCAAAGGAGAGACUCACAUUUCUACUUCUAAGCUCAUCAAGGAUUUAUAUUGAAGGCUGGUUGGAUGGAAAAAGGAGAAAAAUCAUUGCAGCUACUAUUUGAGGAACAAAAAACAAGAAUCAGGAAUCUUAUUGAUGAUUUCUUGAAUGGUUUGAAGCAAAUAAUGAACGAAGAAGAAGAAUUCAUUGCUUCAAAAUUGGAUGUGAUUCAAAAGCUAAGAAUGGAUCUAAGAUUACUUAGAACAUUUGUCUUGUUUGGGAAUUCGACGAAUUUGGAUGACUUUUAUUACAGGAUGUAUAUUCAUAUAAACAAAUUCGAUCUACUUACUGAGUUCCUUUUCUGUAAAGAUGAUUUAAUCCUAGAGAAAUACCACAUGGAAUGUCUUGCCCCUCUGCUGCUGAAAGAGAUAAGAAAUUAUUUGAGUUUGAAGAAUGAAUAUGUAGCCACGGCGAUAGAGAUGAAGAAGUUUGAAUACCUCAUCAGAAAUCUCCAUGAUCUACCAAAGUAUUGUUAUGAUUUGCUUCAACCCCUCAUGAGUGAAUACAACAUUCUUCGGCAAGUAUGCACACAUCUCAGAGAUUUCUAUCAGUUGGAAUGCAACAAAACAACAAAAACAGAAUUUCUCUAUACUCGGUAUCAAGUGACAGUUGAUAGAGUAACACAAUUCUGUUUUGAUCUUUGGACUGGAAAGUACAAAAACUAUAGAUAUGAGUAUGCCUUCUCUAAAUGCUCUUCCAAGAUCACUUCUCUACUCAUCGACAUAAUCCCUCUUGAGCUGGAGGUUCUACACAUUUCUACUUCUAAACUCAUCAAAGAAUCAAAGUCAAAAGAACUAGAAGGAUUUGUUAAGCAAAUCCUAAAAGCAUCUCCAAGGAUUCUUCAAAAGCAUCUCAUUCAUCUCCAAGGACGCAUGGUAGCCGACAGUUACUCUGCAACUCAAAGCAUUAAUGUCAUGAUGGAGUUCCUAUUGAUCUUUCUCACUGAUAUACCAAAGCGCUUUAUCCAUCGUGGCAAAUUGAACGAUAUGUUGGCACAUGUCGGACUACUUACAAGGAAGAUAUCUAUUCUCAUGGAGGAGAGCUCUAAUAUGAAUGAAGCAGACUUUUCAGCUCCAUACUUUUUGCAAGAAAUCGAACGAAUGAAGGGAGAUAUCAAACAGAUUAUUUUGAAAGCGCCAGAGUCAUCCCAACUUCGCUUUCCUAUGGAUGAUGGUUUCCUCUUCAUGAAUCUUCUACUCCGACAUUUAAAUGAUUUACUCACUUCCAAUUCUUAUUCAGUUUCUCUGAUAAAAAAAGAAAUUGAGAUGGUGAAACAAAGCCUUGAAUUCCUAACAGCAUCUUUCAGGCAAACAUUGGAUGAGAGCACUAGUGGAGUUGUUAAAGAUUGUUGGAUGCGUGCUUUGAAUGUGGCGUAUGAGGCAGAACAUGUCAUUAAUUCCAUUCUUGUCAGAGAUAAACCUCUCUCGCAUCUCCUCUUCUCACUUCCGGAUGUCAUUGAUAAGAUCAAGUUCAUCGUGGCACAAGUCACCGGCUUACAGCUAGAGGCUAAGAAUGGCGAUGAUCCCCUUGACGCAAAGUCUUCCAACGAGCCAAUUGAGUUAACCUCAUCAUCAUUUGUUGAGGUAACAGUAGGUCAUGAGGAAGAUGAAGCCUGGAUCAUUGGCCAGCUCCUUGAUGAACAUGAAUCCAAGCUUGAUGUCAUUUCCAUUGUCGGAAUGCCAGGAGUCGGUAAAACUACUCUUGCCAAUAAAGUGUAUAACAAUACAUUAGUUGCUAGUCAUUUCAAGAUUCGUGCUAAGUGCACUGUUUCCCAAAACUUUAACAAGUCAAAGGUGUUGCGGGAGAUUCUUCAGCAAGUUACUGCCUCGGAGACAAACGGAAGUGAGGAUGACCUUGCUGAAAAGCUACGAGUAGCACUACUCGAUAAAAGGUACCUCAUCGUCUUGGAUGAUGUGUGGGAUAUUGCAACAGGGGAGAUGUUAAUAGCAUGUUUUCCAAAGGUUGAGAGAGGAAAUAGAGUUAUCUUAACUAGCCGAAGUGGUGAGGUAGGUUUGAAAGUUAAAUGCCGUAGUGAUCCUGUGGAACUCCGGGUUUUAACAGAUGAAAAAAGUUGGGAGUUAUUCGAAAAAAGGGUAUUUGGAGAUGAAGGAAGCUGCCCUGCUGAACUGUUGGAUAUUGGACACCAAAUAGUUGAGAAAUGUAAAGGGCUUCCUUUGGCUCUUGUUUUGAUUGCUGGAGUGAUUGUUAGAGGAAGGGAAGGAAAGGAAAAGGAAAAGGAAAAAGAUUUGUGGGUUAAGAUUCAAAAUAAUUUGGAUUCCUUUACUUCUUCCAACAUCAAUUCGCAGAUUAUGAAUGUUAUGCAAUCAAGUUAUGACCAUUUACCAUACCAGCUGAAGCCGUUGUUGCUUUACUUUGCAAGAUCGCAAAAGAGCAAACGAACUCCAGUCUCUACGUUGAUGCAGUUGUGGAUGGCUGAAGGAUUGGUGGAUCAUGAUAUCGGUUUGAAGAGUAGUUUAGAGGAAGUAACUCAUAGUUACUUGGAUGCUUUAAUUUCCAGUAGCCUGAUAAUGGUGGAUCAUAUCCCCUCUGGGAGUAUUUGGACGUCUGUAAUGAUCAGAGCUUGCUAUGUGCAUGAUGUUGUGCAUGAUUUUUGUUCAGUAAAAGCGGGAAAGGAAAAGUUUUUCAAGUUAAUCAAUUCAGGUGAUCCAUUUCAUGCUUCUGAUUUCUUGCACCGUCGACUAACCAUUCAUACUGACGACAAAAAAUGUGUCUUGUUUAAUUCUAAUAAGUGUUCUGCUGGUAGUAAGCAUCUCAUAUCUUUGAAAGUGAGCAGUUCGCUGGAUAACUCCAGGUAUAUGUUUCACACAAGACACAUGAGACUUGUUAGAGUAUUGCAACUGGAUGACAUUGUUCUGCAACAUCAUUUAGUGGAAGAAAUAGGGUCCCUAUUUCAUUUGAGGUUCUUAAAGAUUUGGACUUGUGAUGUAAAAGCCAUCCCAUUGUCGUGGUUGAACCUCCAGAAUCUGGAAACUCUGUUGAUCAAUACAGAAGAUACCAUUGUUUUACUGCCAAGAUUAUUCAAACUGUCAAAGCUGAAACAUGUGAGCAUUGACAAGAGUUCUUUCUUUGAUAAAGAGGAAGUGGAAGUGGAAGUGGAAGAGGAAGACGAAGAGGAAGAGGAAGACGAAGACGAAGAGGAAGAGGAAGAGGAAGACGAAGAGGAAGAGGACAAUAUCCAAAGCAGAAUAUUGGAAGGUGAGAAUUCAAAGCUGACAACUUUAUCCAAAGUUGAUAUCGCAUAUUCCCAAGGCACGAAUGAUGCUCUAGAGAAGUUCCCAAAUCUUGAGCACCUUGAUUGCAGCAUCAUGGUACCCAAGUGUCCUCCUACACACGGCAAUUGGUUUCCCAGGUUUGAUGUCCUUAAUAAACUUCAAUCGCUCACUGCAGUAUACAAAUGGAAUUAUUAUGGUUAUCCCAUUAUUGAAUAUCACUUCCCUACCAGCUUGAAAGAGUUGCGGUUGCAUUCUUUUACCAUCACACCUGCUUUGUUAUCAGCAAUCGCGGCAUUGCCUCAGCUUGAAAUUCUGGCGAUUAUCCAGUCUUAUUUCAUGGAGGAUAAGUGGGAUGCAAGUAAGGACAUCUAUCAAAGUCUUAAAACUUUGAGUUUGUCAUUUAUCAAAUUAUCAGAAUGGGAAGUUGAUAGGAGCGAAACUUUUCCCGAGCUUGAGGAAUUAAUACUAGAGAAAUGUUUCAUGCUUAAGGAGAUCCCUUCUGCAUUCGGGGAAAUAGAAACUUUAAAGUCCAUUCGGUUGGUUCAAUGUGAGCUUGAGCUUGCAGAUUCAGCCAUGAAGAUAAAGAAAGAUGUAAUGGAUUUCGCAGGAGAGGACAGACUUCAUGUCCAUAUAUCAUCUAUGUAUCUUCCCUGAGCUGAUGAAGAAGAGUGAAGCCUUGAAAAUUUGGGCAUGGUUUGUAGGACAGGGAGACAGUACACAAGGCGAGGUGAUUUGAACUUGGUUUUCAGAUCGAAGGAGAUUGUUGGAUAAUGUCACAAUCCUGUUUAUGUAAAUGCCACGAGAGUGUGGAGUGGUCCUUGCUUGAUGGAGUUAAUUAAGAAAUAAAGUUACGUUUUUGCUAUCAGCUAUAUCCUUUGGCAUGAUAGAACACUCUUCUUUCUCAUUUGCUUGUUUAUUUUGUCUACAAUGUUAAAGUUGAUGUGGGGAUACUAUUCAUUAACUCUUUGGUUUUUCAUUGUUAAAAUAGUUUUAUGGUCCUUUCAAAGAUCAUUAGCAGUUCACUAGA